UUGCAUGUACAACCGAAGAUUUUUCCGAUUGUAUAUUUCUAUAAAAACAAGCUCAUAAUAAUAGUAUUAAUUCAUUGAAUUUUCAUGGCUUCCGUGAUGGAAGAUAUACAAUUUCCCCACCUUUCCAUCCCUGCAACUAUCAAACACAAGGAGGCAGUGCUUCCUGCAGGCCCAAUCCCUGUCAAUCAUGGAGAGACUCUCUAUCUCUCCAACUUAGAUGACAUAAUUGGUUGUCGGGUUUUUACCCCUACUGUGUAUUUUUACCACUCAACUCCAUCCAUGAGCAAGAAUGUGGUAGAGAAACUACGCGAUGCUCUGGCUCUUGUUUUAGUCCCCUAUUAUCCUUUCUCAGGGAGGAUUAGGGAGACUAGCAAUGGGAAAUUAGAGAUAUUUUUCGGGCCUAACCAAGGUGCUCUUAUAGUUGAAGCUCACUCAUCGAUAGCCUUAGCUGACCUAGGGGACUUGUCGACCCCAAAUCCUUCAUGGUCACCGUUGAUAUACAGAUUUCCUAAUGAGGAGCCAUACAAAGUUGUUGACAUGCCUCUGUUAAUAGCUCAAGUGACUUAUUUUAGCGAUGGAGGCUUUAGCCUUGGUUUGAGAAUGUGUCACUGCCUUUGUGAUGGCAUAGGUGCUAUGCAAUUCUUCAAUGCUUGGGCUACCACGGCUAGAGUAGGAACUUUAGUCGCUUCUCCUAAACCAUGCUGGGACCGAGAAUAUUUCCUUCCUCGAGAUCCACCACUCAUAAACUAUCCACACAUUGAGUUCAUGAGUGUUGUGGAUGAAUCGAGCCUAACAAGGUCGCUGUGGGAAGUGAAGCCGGUACAAAAAUGUUAUAAAGUCACCAAAGAGUUCCAAGAACAAGUCAAGUCCUUGGCUCAAGAAACCAAUAAAGAUACUAAUUACACUGCAUUUGAUGCUAUGGCUGCUCAUGUGUGGAGGUCAUGGGUGAAAGCUCUGGAUGUGAAGCCAUUAGACUAUGAGCUACGCCUCACUUUCACAGUCAACACCCGCCACAUGCUCAAGGACCCGCCAUUGAAGGAUGGAUUCUAUGGAAAUGCAGUGUGUAUUGCUUGUGCCACGAGCAAAGUUGAAGAGUUUAUCGAUCACCCACUCCCUUGGACAGCUGACUUGGUUCACAGAGCAAGGCUUAGUGUUAAUGAGGAUUAUGUGAGGUCCACAGUGGACUAUGUCGAGGUUAGAAGGCCUAAGACGCUUGAGUUUGGAGGAAAGUUGACAAUAACACAAUGGACAAGGUUUCUACUCUAUGAAUCAGCUGAUUUUGGAUGGGGAAUACCUGCUUAUGCUGGACCUAUUGACUUAACACCAACUCCUCAAGUUUGUGUGUUUCUUCCUGAAGGUGGGAUUAAUGCUGAUGGCAUGCUAGUUUGCCUUUGCUUGCCAGAGACUGCCUGUAAGAGGUUCGAAGAGCUUUUCUGCCUCGUUGACAAAGCCUAGAUCGAGAUUGAUGAAGUAACACUAUAUACACUCUACUGUAUUAGCAAUAUAAAGAGAAUAUUUAUAGUUUGUUUGCUUGACCUUGCAUUGUCUUAAGAAAAUGUAUAAGUUGCCUCCUACCAAAAAGUAAAUGUAAAAGUUGUUAUUUCAG